CCCCGAAUCCCAAACCCGAGCCCAAACUAGAGACAGAGAACCCCAAGUCGGUAGCAAUCCUUCGUCUCGUCACCCGAGUGAUCGAGUGGGCGCAGCCAACAAUCCAUGUAUCGCCACGCCUCGCGACGCCUGAUCCAGGCCCUCGGCGACGGAGGCCGCCGCCGGUCUUUCUCCACCGACCUCCCGGCGGCGUCGUCGGAGGACGCGGCGUUCGUGGAGGCGUGGCGUAAGGUGGCCCCCAGCAUCGACCCGCCCAAGACUCCGCUCGCCUUCAUGAAGCCCCGCCCUCCUACCCCCUCCUCCAUCCCUUCCAAGCUCACCGUCAAUUUCGUCCUCCCCUACCAGUCCGAGAUCUCCAACAAGGAGGUUGAUAUGGUCAUUGUACCAGCAACCACAGGGCAAAUGGGUGUUUUGCCUGGACAUGUUGCCACUAUUGCAGAACUCAAGCCAGGGGUUCUUUCUGUACAUGAAGGGAAUGAAGUAACUAAGUACUUUGUUAGCAGUGGGUUUGCAUUCAUACAUGCCAACUCAGUUACAGAUAUAGUUGCUGUUGAGGCUGUUCCUGUCGACCGCAUUGAUCCAAGCCUAGUCCAGAAAGGACUAGUUGACUUCACUCAGAAGUUAAACUCAACUACGACGGACUUAGAAAAGGCUGAAGCGCAGAUUGGUGUUGAUGUUCACAGUGCAUUAAAUGCUGCACUUUCUGGUUGAGAGUCUUUAUCCCUUAUGGGGCAUUCCUCUUGAACUCAUUAUUGAACACAGAUAAAUGGCCAAUUCGUGAUGUGUGAGGAAAGAUGGAAAGUUUUAUAAUUUUUUAGCUUUAAUCACAAGUCAGGACUGUGGUAACUUAAUUGCUAUCCUUCUGUACAACUCUGAAAUGUUUGAUGUCUUGUUUUACUGGUUUCUACUCUUUCUUAAGCUUCUGUGGUUCGAACCUGCUA